AUGGCCGAUGAAAUGGGCUUAGGUAAAACUUUACAAUGUUUGGCGUUGAUGUGGACUCUUUUGAAACAAAGUCCAAGAGGGAAACGAACAAUCGAGAAAUGUAUCAUUGUAUGCCCAUCAUCUCUCGUGCGCAAUUGGGCGAACGAAAUUGUGAAAUGGUUGGGUGAAGGUGCUCUUACUCCCCUAGCAGUCGAUGGGCGAUCCGUGAAGUCUUCGGAACUAAGUCAGGCAUUACAACAAUGGGCGGUAGCAUCAGGGCGGAACAUCGUGAGGCCUGUCUUGAUCAUUUCCUAUGAAACACUUCGAAGAAACGUCGAUCGGCUUGCAGGAACAGAGGUGGGACUCAUCCUAGCUGAUGAGGGACAUCGUUUGAAGAAUGGAGACUCUUUAACAUUCAAUGCGUUAAAUUCUUUAAGAUGCGAGAGAAGAGUCAUUCUCAGUGGAACGCCUAUACAAAACGAUCUAUCUGAGUACUACUCGCUUCUCAACUUUGCGAAUCCCGGGUACUUGGGGACACGGAACGAAUUCCGCAAGAAUUUCGAGAACGCUAUUUUAAGAGGCCGUGAUGCGGACGCCACAGAUAGCGAAAGGGAGAAGGGCGAUUCGAAACUACUUGAGCUUUCCCAAUUGGUUUCAAAAUUUAUCAUUCGUCGUACGAAUGACAUCUUAUCGAAAUACUUACCCGUGAAGUACGAGUAUGUCGUCUACGUUGGUCUCACGCCUCUUCAACGAGACCUUUACGAACAUUUCACAAAAUCUGCCGCUAAUCAAGCUCUUAUAAGCUCGCAACCCCUAAAAGCCAUCGACCUUUUGAAAAAGCUAUGUACACAUCCCGAAUUACUUCGCUUACCUGAAGAUAUCAGAGGUAGCAGGGGAAUUCUUCCUGAGGAUUACCUUGAUUCAAGCAGCUCUCGCGAAAAGAGUAUUCACAUAUCACUCAGUGCUAAGUUUUCUAUUCUAGAACGCUUUAUUGAGAGCCUCAGACAUGAAUCAGAUGACAAGAUUGUAAUAAUCUCAAAUUACACCAAGACAUUGGAUCUAAUCGAGAAACUUUGUCGGCAAAGGCGAUACGGGUGUCUUCGCCUAGACGGUACUAUGAAUAUCAAUAAGAGGCAAAAGAUUGUUGACCGCUUCAAUGAUCCAAAGGGGCCUGAAUUCAUCUUCCUUCUAUCGUCGAAAGCAGGGGGCUGUGGUAUCAACCUUAUUGGGGCAAAUCGGUUAAUUCUUAUGGAUCCAGACUGGAAUCCUGCCGCUGAUCAGCAAGCACUUGCUAGAGUAUGGAGAGAUGGUCAGAAAAAGGAUUGUUUCAUCUACAGAUUUAUUUGCACUGGUACCAUUGAAGAGAAAAUCUAUCAACGUCAAUCUAUGAAACAGUCGCUAUCCUCAUGCGUCGUUGACAAUAUGGAAGACGUUGAAAGGAUCUUUAGUGGCGAGAACUUGCGCCUUCUUUUUAAGUAUCACCCCGAUACUGAUUGUGAAACGCAUGAAAGCUACAAUUGCAAGAGGUGUGUACCAGGCCAAGGACAAGUAGAGAAAGCGCCCGCCAUGUUGUACGGUGAUGCCACCACAUGGAACCAUUUAACUAGGACCGAAUUGUCAGAAAAUGAAGACAAUCUUUUGAGGAACGAGCUGCAAUUCAGCGACGUAUCCAACUCAGUUCUUAUCGUCGGGGGUGGACUUGCGGGUUUAUCGGCCGCUCAUGAGGCUUACCUACGUGGUGCUAAUGUGGUACUUUUUGACAAGCAAGGUUUUUUGAGUGGAAAUAGUGGAAAAGCGACUUCAGGAAUCAAUGGCGCCCUCACACGCACACAAGUCUCGUCAUCAAUAAAGGACUCGGUAGAGCAGUUUUACAAUGACACAUUAAAGACAGCCAAGGACAGAGCAAACCCCUCGUUGAUCAAAGUCUUGACUUAUCAUAGUGCCGAUGCCGUGCAUUGGCUUCAGGAGAUUUUUGAGUUGGACCUUUCGAUUGUCUCCAGAUUGGGUGGCCAUUCUCAGCCAAGAACUCACAGAGGGAAAGAUGCAAAGUUCCCCGGAAUGGCAAUCACAUACAAACUUCUUGAAACUCUUGAAAAUUUAGCCGAAGAGUUUCCAGAUAGAGUUGCUAUCAUGAAGAAUACUCAGGUAAUUGACUUAUUGAUAGACGAGAAGGACUCAUCCCAGGUUCUUGGUGUGAAGUACAAAGACCUUAAAACAAAAGAUAAAAACACACUCAAAGGCCCUGUUAUAUUAGCAACUGGUGGAUACGCUGCAGAUUUCACGAAAAAUUCUUUGUUGCGGAAAUAUAGGCCAGAUAUUAUCGACCUCCCCUCAACCAAUGGCACCCAUGCUACCGGCGAUGGUCAGAAAAUUGUGAUGAAGCACUCGGGUAUUGGAAUCGAUAUGGAUAAAGUUCAAGUUCACCCUACUGGUCUUAUCGAUUUCAAUGACACUGAUGUCAUCGAAGGGCGCAAGCAACCUCGUCACUUGUUCCUCGGUGCCGAAGCUUUGCGUGGUGAGGGUGGCAUAAUCCUCAACAACAAGGGGGAGAGGUUCUGUGACGAGUUAGGUACCCGUGAUUAUGUGAGUGGCGAGAUGGAGAAGCAAAUCAAGCAGGGCAACGGGCCCUUGAGGCUUGUUUUGAGUGAUGAAAGCGAGGAAAGGCUUGCGUUCCAUAUCAAACACUACGAGCAAAGGUCGCUCAUGCGAACGAUACUAGGGAAGGAUUUAGCUCAGGAGAUGAAGAUACCUAUCACAAAGCUUCAAGAAACUAUGGAUUUAUACAACCGAGCUGCCAAACAUGAGAUUGAUGAACCAUUUGGCAAAAAGUACUUUCCCACAACGCCAUUCAUUAUUGCCGAAGAUCGAAAAUAUCAUGUGUCGUUCAUUACGAGAGUUUUGCAUUUCACCAUGGGUGGAAUAAAGAUAAAUGAUAAGGCGCAGGUUAUCUACAAUGGCAACCAGGAGGAGCCCUUUCAAGGAUUGUAUGCCGCGGGAGAGGUCGCUGGCGGUGUCCACGGCCACAAUCGAUUGGGAGGUUCGUCUCUUCUUGCCUGUGUUGUGUAUGGGAGACUAGCAGCCCACCAGGCGUCUAGCUUCUUGAUGAGGAAUCUUUCAAGGCUGCAGCCUCUCAACGAGAAUCAAUCGGCAUCGGCGCGUUUAAAUCAGAUCAGUUUACAUAUUGAUCCGAACAGGAAACAGAUUACUAUUGAUCUCGGAGGCGAGGCUGAGGGAAAUAAGCCCGUCCAGCCUGCUGCUAUCGAGGAAAGUUCCGAGGCAGGUAUUCCUGGCGAGUCUGCGCCGGCUAAAGGGAAGCAAAAGGCGCCCCGAUUUGAAAUACCUGAAAAGGAAUUCACCGCUGAUGAGGUGGCUAAGCACAACAGCGAGUCAGACUGUUGGGUCAUAGUCAAAAAUGUUGUCUUGGAUUUGACCAGCUUCUUGGAUGAUCACCCUGGAGGCCGUGAGUCGAUUUUGAACUUUGCAGGGAAAGAUGCAACCGAAAGUUUUGAUAUGUUACAUGAGGAUAAUGUCAUCCAGAGAUACGCCCCUACAUGUGUCUUAGGCAGAUUGAAAGGCGCAACACCAUUUCUUGAGUUGAAGGAUUAA